GAUGGGCUGUUGCGCUCCGGCAGGUAUGACUGGAAAGACACUGGCCCUGAGAGACUCUCCAAGGCACCGCGCGUCUUGACGCACAAACCACCUUUACGCAAACAGCUUUUCUGCGCUUUACGCUGGAUCUUGCAACUCAUCACCUCUAUCAGCAUGAAGUUAGAAGUGUUGUGUGGAAACCAUGAUAUGACGCAGCUUGAGAUCCCCGUGGAUGGAAAGGGGAAAGAGAAGUCCGCUCUUUCUGCAGAGGAGGAGUUGGGGUCCGAUGGAGACUGCGUGGCCCACAGCCCUCCACUGGUUACUCCAAGUGGGAGCAGCAAAUCGAAACCAUACACACGGAGACCCAAGCCCCCUCUUUCCUACAUCGCUCUGAUCGCCAUGUCUAUCCGAGAUUCCCCCACCGGACGUCUGACUUUGGCGGAAAUAAACGAUUACUUGAUGAAAAAGUUCCCUUUCUUCAGGGGCAGCUACACCGGCUGGAGGAACUCUGUGCGACACAAUCUGUCUCUGAAUGACUGCUUUCUGAAAGUGCUCAGGGACCCAUCCAGGCCCUGGGGAAAAGACAAUUACUGGAUGCUCAACCCUAACAGCGAGUACACGUUCGCUGAUGGGGUGUUCCGGCGCAGGAGAAAGCGCAUCAGUAAGCAGUUCAACCGAGUGCAGGACGUGUCGGAGAGCGCAGAGGAUCCUCAGGGUACCGACAAGACUGACCCAAGCAGCAAGACUGAGCCCCGUCCCAAGUUUACAAGCUCAUUUGCUAUUGAGAGCAUCCUCAGCAAGCCUUUCAAAAGAGACUCAACCAAGCAGCCAUUUUACCCUGCAUUGAUCUGGCCAUACUCUGAACUUAUGCUGCCUCACUCAAGUGCAUCUGCUUUCCCCCAUCCGUUUAGCUGGGCUGCUCGUUGAGCCUGGUGCUGGAAUGCUUUUGUUUAUGAACAGAACAAAAGACAGACUCAUUUUGUUACUGUUUGUAUUCUUUUUUUCUUGUUUGAGAAUUGAAAGUCAUCAGUGAGUGAUGCUUUAAUUUAUUACCUUAUUGAUGCUGGCAUGUUUUUUUUUUGUUUGUUUGUUUUUUGGUUUUUUAUUUUAUUUUAUUUUUUUUUUUACCUUUACAGGCUGCCUUUUUUAUUUAUUACUUUGUUGACAACAAUUAAUGGUAAAUGUGACUGUGUACAGUACACUAACACUUUUGUUAUUUGAUAGUCAAAAAGUCUCAAAAUGCACUUUGUUUUCUUUGUCAAAACCUUUAUCAUAAAAUAUUUAAACACAGCAAAAAGAAAUAAACAACGGUGUUGUGUGUCUUAUUCUUAUUGGAACCAAUAAAAAGCUCCUCAGAUACCAAAGCAAUAAUGUU